UAAAAGUCAGAAAAAUAAAAGUCCGCAAUUUUUUCUCCUGUGUUAGAAAAACUUUCACUAAAAUUUAAAUCGGCACCGAGUCUCCCCUUUCUCUACACCAACUUAUCAUACUGAUUCCAAUCCAAUUGCAAUUGCAAACCCAACAAGAUGGAGCAUUCUUUAUCUGCAUUUACAUACAAAGGUUCAAUUCCUCAAGCCAUUAUUGAAUCCAAAAAUCAGAAGAAGCUUUUUGUUGUUUAUAUUUCUGGUUCUGAUGCAGAAUCAGUUGAAUUGGAGAAGUGCACAUGGACCGAUUUCAAAGUGGCAGAGUCAUUUUCAAAGUACUGCAUUUUAUUGCAUCUCCAAGAAGGCAGCACUGAUGCUGUAAAUUUUUCUGCAAUUUAUCCAUACAAGUCUGUCCCUUCUAUAGUAGCUAUUGGGUACAACGGAGUUCAACUUUGGCAAAGUGAAGGCUUCAUCAGCGCCGAAGUUCUUGCCUCCAAUUUAGAGAAAGCAUGGUUGAGUCUUCAUAUUCAGGAAACAACUGCAACUGUCCUGACUGCAGCACUUGCUUCAAAAAAACCUGAACUAUCUAUUGCUGGCUCUUCUGAUGUUGGCCCCACUGAGAAAGAGACUUCUUCAGGUACAGUUGUGCAGUCUGCUUCAGCAGACAAGCAUGUACAGCCUUCAGAUGCUAUUUCACCAGCUGCUUGUCAGACAAUAAAAGAGAACAAGAGUCAUGAACACAUUGUUGAGGAGAGAGGUACUAAACAUGUAGACAAGAGAUCUUCAGAAUCUUCUAAAACUGAUAAGUCAAGGAGCAUUGGGACUAAGGAAUCCACAUCUCCUACUGAAGAAGCUAAGGGAUCUAGUUCUAUGAUUGUAGACAGAGACAAUUCUAUUGCUGAUGACUAUGGGCAUCCUGAUCAAGAAUUUAUAUUGAAUCAUCAUCCAGGUAGAGGCGAUUCACAGUUAGCUACUACUGAAACAAAUGAAGGAGUACGAGAUGAAGGGAAGGCUGACAUUAUAGGUCACAAUGAGAGAGUCAAUGCACCUAGUGAUGUUCAUUUAAAUAUUCGAUUGCCCAGUGGGGUUAGCUUACAAGACAGAUUUUCUGUGGCAAGCAGUUUAAGAAUGGUCAAAGACUAUGUGGACAGAAACCAAGCUAGUGAGAUUGGCUCGUAUGAUCUUGCUAUUCCUUAUCCUCGGAAGGUGUUUAGAGAUGAAGAUUUAAGCAAAUCACUGUCAGAGUUGGAGCUGUUCAACAGACAAGCAUUGAUGGUAGUCCCUCGUCAAAGAUCCACAAGUUACCAGAGAGGAGGUUCUUCUUCUGAUAAUGCAACUACAUCUUAUAGUGAUUCAUCAACUGCAAAUAAUGGGGGAUAUUUUGCGCACAUUAGAAGAAUGUUAUCUUAUAUCAAUCCUCUUUCCUAUCUUGGUGGUAAUACAAGCUCUUCAAGUUCUGGACAACCUCAAACUGGCAUGUGGGAAUAUAGUCCAAAUUCAGCACCUCAGAGCAACAUAGCAAGAACAGAGAAUUCCUACUCCGACAACUUGCCUAAUCAAGGCUCUUCUGCAACUGGUAGAAAUGACAACAGGAGUAGGCAACCAACAACUUCCCGUAUUGGAAGUAAUAUUCACACACUGAAACACGAUGAAGAUGACGGCCGGUUCAGUGAUAGGAAUCCCUUCUGGAAUGGAAAUUCAACUCAGUAUGGUGGCAACAGUGAUGGUAAAUAAGGCUUUCUGGGAGGGUGUUGCAGUUCGAGCAGUGUUGUUUAUUUAAGUAAGGAUUUUUAUUUCUUUUAGUUUUACUUUACUUACCAGCUACAGACUUUAAAACUGCAAUGAACCCUGGGAUAGAUACCCAAUAUAAACGAAUAUAUUUACCAUCUAAGACUUUGGUAUAUAAAAUAAAGAAAAAAUCCUGCAAGCAGCAACAAGUCCUUGAAGUACUUGGUGGUUGUAAAUAUUUCGAACUGAACUAGAAAAUGUUACAGAGAGUUGAGUGUUAUUUUUGUCUCUUGGGUGGGAGACUGGUAGUAGUGUAACUUGUAUCAUCUUUACAAUGUUAUCAUUCUGUUUUCCA